GGGAGACGCGGUCAAGCUUGAUGUGAUCAGGCUUGCUUUGGUCCAGCUAGGACUAACGUGUGAAAAGUGUUGAGGGGCUGAAGCUGCCUGGCGAACUUUACAUGGGUUGGAUUACUUAGAAAAAUUUUACAUGCCUGACCUCCAAGAUAGAUAUCAUCACCAAGGUUGCUACACUGUGUAAACAAUUACUGCUUGAGGAUAGACGCUUUACAGUGACAUUAUCGUUUCGAUUGAUUAACCAAAGAACCAAGUUCGAGCGAUGAUGUCCGGCAACACGGCCGCCAGCCUCCACAGCGGGCAAAGAGGCAAGAGCUUUGCAAUGGAAUACUUGCUCGGCGGCGGAGGUGGCAGUGGCGGCGGCGGGAAGGACGGCGGAGGUCCUGGUGGCGGGCCCUUGACGCCGCUAGGACUGAGUCUGCCGCAUUUGUACAACACGUGCCUCCUGCCGCACCUGCCCGGCCUGCCACCCCCGCUCCUGCCGUCGCUGCCGUAUCCCCCUCUGCACCACUACCCGCUGCCACCAGCCCUCGCCGCGGGGCUGCAGGGAGCGCUGCCCCCGCCUCUCUUAGGCCUGACGCCGCCGUCGCUCGGGGGCCGACACCUGGGGGACUUGGGCGUAGGGCGCAGGGACGGCCUCGGCAUGGACACGCCGCACAGCCCCGGCUCGGCAGGGGACCACACCAACACCUCCGACUCGGACCACCACGACCAUGACAAGUCAGACGACCUCGGCGAGGACUUAGAGAUCGACCCCGUGGAGAGCGACGAGGACGAGUCCAGCUCCCCGGCAGACAGGUCAUCGAGAACUGGCGAAGGGAGCGACGGACUCGGCGGCGCGGGCGUGGGCGGGGUCGGCAGCAAGUCCCGGCGGCGGCGCACGGCCUUCACGUCGGAGCAGCUGAUGGAGCUCGAGCGGGAGUUCCAGACCAAGAAAUACCUCACCCUCAGCGAGCGCUCGCACAUCGCCCAGACCUUGAAUCUGUCCGAGGUGCAAGUGAAAAUCUGGUUCCAAAACCGACGCGCCAAGUGGAAGCGAGUGAAGGCCGGUCUGGUCUCCGGGUCGGCCGCGGGGGGCAAGAACAGCGCGACGGGUCACAAGAUCAUCGUUCCCAUCCCCGUGCACGUGAAUCGCCUGUCCAAUCUGUCGCAGUCGCAGCAGAUGGAGAAGUCCAGCACGCCAGGAGUCCCCGCAGGAGGCACCGGCGGAGGCGGCGGCGGAGGAUCCACGCAGCUUCCCACGAUCAAGCCGAUUGAUCCCCAGUCCAGCAGCAUCCAAUCUCGGCGAUCUGCCUUCCAGGGCCUCCCGCAGUCGCUCCCUCAGUCCUUAUCCCAGGCCCUUCCUGUGUCCGUGCCCCAAAGUCUGCCACAGUCCCUGUCGCAGUCCCUGGCGCAGUCCCUUCCUCAGUCCCUGCCUCGGCUUAGCCACGUCCCGUCCCUGGCCUUGUGAAGCCCGAGCCUGCGUGAGGCCGGACGCCUCCUGGACGUCGAGGCGUGGCGGCGGUCGCAAGGCCGAGGCGCUCUCCACGAACACUACAUCUCGCGGCGGCCUGGAGUGUAACUCAACGUGACGACGCCGGAUGAGCGAAUAAAAUAACCAAUUCACUUAUGCAAAUAAAGCUGGAUCGGCGGCGGCCAAAUGGGAGGGCGCGAUGAUCCAUUUUGCUGAAGAGGGUCCUAAAUCGACCGUAAAAAUAAUCGUCGACAUGGACUGCAUAAAGCGUGAAGUAUUGACGUGGCGCCGCCUGGGUGUUCUCUCCAUGGUGUGCCACCUCGAGAUCUCGAACACGAUUUUCCCAUAUACUGAACCUCUGCCCUGAAUCACCGAUAAAUCGAACCCUUUCAUAUUUUGCCGAAUUUAAUCUUGAAUGCGACGUAAACCGGAAAAGAAUAAACACUGGGCGCUGAUAAAGUGGUGAUUAAGCGUCACUUCCUGUCAAAUAAAUGGUUGACGCGGUCCUGCCGACAGCGCAACCGACCCUAUCGUAUUUAUACAAUUGGCUGGAUGUCAAUCUAACGAAAUAAAAUCAAGUAUGUAGCUGCCUAGUUUACCAAAGAGGACAACAUUACCUAGUGUACAAUAUUUUACACUCCCAUAAUACUCUGAUAACACAGAAAUAAGUGUCCCAUGAAAAAGGACUGUUAACUAAAAGGUCAUCUGUUAACUUUCAUCGUAAGAAAAAUAAAGGGUUACGACAAAUAUAUAAAUACGCGUUUCCCAUUGAGUACCAUGUGUUGCCAGUGGCCAAGGAAAUUGAACAGAGACGAAUUAUACUAUAUAUUUCAUACUAAGUCCCGCAUGUGCAUUUUAUUACGGCAAGAUAUAAAGCGUUUGCUAGAAGAGGGGAGGGUCUUUGAAAGAAAAGAAAAAAAAGAAAAUAUUGAUUGAUAUUUUUGAAUUGUAUAAAAAUGGAGCUAGUGCAAGAAUAAUGUGUAAAUAAUGUAAUUGUUAAUCCUGGAAAGUGAAGGUUCAACAGUUGGUCACAGCUUUAAGUCUCGUAUGCUCACACAGUUGUUGUAAAUACCCUGUAGAUACUGUCGACCGUAUAACUAAAACGAUGAAUUAGCUAGUAAGUGUAGAAUUUCCGGUGACACGUGACCAUAACGAUUCUAUUGACAAAUACGUGAAAAAAACUGGAUCAAGAUUAGUGUAGAAUGUCUUCGAAAUCAGGAAGCAAACUUAGGAUAUUUGUACAUAAACAUGUUGGAGAUGAAGUGUGAAGUCCCCUUUUAUCCUUUUCCCUUUUUUAGCACGCAUAAGCUCACUUUCCCUUAGCAAAGUGUUAUGGGAACUUGUGAUGCCUCACCAUUUUGGUUUGCUCCAAAUUCCCAGUUACUAAAAAGAUGCAAUACGAAUUGAUGCAAGAUUGCUAAUAGGUGAAAUUUUCUCAAAAUUCACCGUUAUUGGUAUGGUUAUUAUUAUUUGUAUUUCUUUUAUUUUUUCGAUUAAGUUUCCCUUCCUUUGCUGCUAUGAAGCACUGUGUUAUGAGAGAUGUAUGUGCAUUUGUUAAUAACCAUAUUGUGGUUUUAUGUUUAAUAAAUGUUAUAGAACAAGAA